AUGGCGUCGUCGCCGAAAAGGGCCAAGAGCCCGGCGGCCAAAGGCUCGCCGAAGCGAGCCAAAUCGUCGCCGAAAAAAGCCGGCGCCGGCGGCCUCGCCGGCCAACGGACCGGCGACAUCGGCGUCGGCCUCGACGUCGGCGUGAACACGCAGCCCAACAGCGUCUGCUACGCCUGCCACAAAGACUUCGUCGACGCCGCCGCCAUCCAGUCGCAUCUCUGCCUCAUGGACCAUUUGGCGCCGCAUUCGCCCAUCCUGCAGCACUGCCGCGCCUGCCGCAGCCUCGUGCCCAUGCACGAAGUCGAGCGCCACCGCUGCUGCCUCGUCAAGGCCACCUUCUUCCGCGACGUCUUCAGCCCUCGCAACCUCGCCCAAGGACCGCCGUACAAAUGUCUCUUCUGCCGCGGACGACCGUUCGACUCGCGCGCCAAACUGGCGCUCCAUCUGCUCGGCCAACACCGACCCGACAAGCCGAGCGGACAAUGCGGCCUCUGCUGCUUCGCCUACGACGAGCCGACGCCGACGCUGACGCCGACGGCGAUGCUGACGGCGACGGCGACGGCGACGCCAACGGCGACGGCGAAAACGACGCCAAAGGCAAAGACGACGCCAAAGACAAAGACGACGCCGACGGCGAAGACGAUGCCGGCGACGGCGACGGCGGCCGAGAUGGCGGCGGCGACGGCGACGGCGACGGCGAUGGCGACGGCGAGGGCCGAGUGGGAGCGGCUCGAGUGCGAGGCGCCCGAGUCGCCCAGUCUCGGGCUGGCGAGUUUGGAUGAGCACAUCGACGCGGUCCAUCUGCCCGGCCAUCUGCUCAACGUGGCUCGACGGUUGUGCGUCGAGUCGAGCGAACGGACGACGUACACGUGUCCGUUGUGCGGGUUCAAGGGGGCCACGACGAAUGUCGACUUUCACCUGCACGUCUUGGGCGCACACGGCCAGGACGAGUCGGUGAAACGGGAGUUGGGCAUGUGUGCGUUUUGUCGACGUGUGUGUCGCGACGAGACGACGCUGCAAUUGCAUGUACAGACGGAGCACGGUCACCGGUUGCGUCGACUCGCGCGACUUUGGCUGCGUCGCGAGGUGAUGAUGAACGCCGCGGACGCCGGCGACGUGUGCGCCACAUGUUGGCGCCACUUCAGACGCGACUAUCAACUGCAGGCGCAUUCGGCCGAGGCCGAGGCGAAAGGGAAGAAGAAGAGCCCCAACAAAAAGGGUAAGGGAUCGCCGAGUGGAAAGUCGUCGCCGAGCGGAAAGUCGUCGCCGAAAAAGGGGAAAAAAUAG